AUGGUUGAUGACGUGAAAGAUAUUACCGAAACCGCUGAAAGUAAAGCGUCGCAGGAAGCGUUAGAUCGAGCACGACUAGCCCGCGAGAGACGCGAGGCAGAACAGAGGAAACGUUUGGACGAGUUACGCGCACACGCAGCCGCUGCGCAAGCGCAGAGAGAAAAGAGAGACGAAGAAAGGCGUCGGAGACAGGCAGAGCAACGCGCGAAAGAUGAUGAGAGGCGAGUACAGGUUGAAGAACGCAAGCGCGCGAUAUGGGAGGCAUCAAUAUCGCGCCGCGAGGCGUUGCUGCAACGCGAACGCGAUCGGACGGAGCGGCUGGAGCGGCAGCGAGCCGCUCGCUCCGCUCCCCGGCCGGCCUUCGCAUUCGGCUCGUCCACACCUCGAUUGCUGGAGCCAGUAGACUCAGCUGGAUUCUUCUGGGCCGCGCGCAGGGCGGCAUCAACAACAAAUGUGAUGUUCGCGUCUGCGCCGCUCACGAGACGCGCUUCCGCGUUGCAAUUAGAUACUUCAGACACUGACAAUAAAGAUGAGCCCGAGCGCAGUCCAGCGCCAGUAAUGUGGUCGUCUGUGGCGCGGCGGCGCACGGACCUGGUGCCGACGGUGCCCGCGCCGCGAGCGCCAGGUAGGGCCUACUCGAUGACGCGGCUCGACCGACUCCCCUCCAGCCGACCGCUGCACUCCGCCUCGCCAUCCAUGCAUCACCUCAACAGGGCUCAGCCGCGGUCUGGCGACACGACACCCGGGUCGAGGCCGGGGAGUGCACUCUCCAACGCGACCGCAGUACUUCGCCGUCCUCACUCCGCGCCACGGAAACCACGCCCCGCAUCCAUUGCAGGCACUGGAGUUAAUACGCCUAAAGGUGGAGUGGGCGAGUGCCCCGGCGGCAGCGCGGCGACGACGCCGAGCGUGUCGCGCGACGGCAGCGUGGUGGCGGGCGGGGACGCGCCGCGCCGCGCCACGCCCGCGCGCCGCCCGCGCCCCGCCUCGCUGCACGCCGCCAACGUGCAUAGGACGCCUCCGCCGGUGACGCCGGGUGAGGGCAAGCCACCAGUACACAGAAAGCCAAAGCCAUCCAAAGAACAUGAUAAGGGCGGGCGCGGCAAGUCCCUGUCGGCGUCCCCGGGCCGCACGCUGUCCCCUUCACCCGCGCACUCCAAGGACGCCAGCGUCGACAAGGAGAUUAAUAAGCCGACGACGGAGGCGCGGCAGGUGGACGCGGCGGAGGUCAGCACCAAGCUGGAGGCGCUGCGGGGACACGACGGGGACGUACUGCCGCACGAGAAGGUAAACGAAAUCAAAGAAACAGUAGAAGUUAAGGAAGAAACGAAAAUCGAGCAAGUAACGGAGGUAACGAAACACGAAGAGAGAGCGAGCGAGAGGUCCGAGCAGAGAGACAAGGAGGAGAAGAAGGAACCCUCCGUCGACAAGACUGAAGAUAAUGAAAUGACCGCGUCGAUGACGGCGCGGCGUAUAACGACGGAGGAGGAGGCGAAGGCCGCACUCGCUGAGCGACGACGACGCGCCAGGGAGGAACUCGAGAGACAGGCCGAGCUCGAGAGGCAGAGACUGCAACGCGAAGCCGAAGAAGAAGCAGAGCGGCAACGUCAGGAGGAGGAACGGCAACGUCGCGAGGAGGAGGAGGCGAGGGAACUGGCACAACUACAGAGGCAGAUGAAUGAAGAGAAACUUAGGAAGGCUAUCGAGGCACAACAACAGCUCGAACGCGAAGAAGCUGAACGCAAAGCUCGCGAGGAAGCUGAGAGACAAGCGAGGCUUAAAGAGGACGAGGAGAAACGGAAGGCCGCCGAGGAGGCCGAGAAACUGCGCAGGGAGGAGGCAGAGAGGGAGGAGAAGGAACGACUCGCCAGGAAACAACGGGUCGAGGCCAUCAUGGCCAGGACUCGGCUCAGGAAGCAAGCAGAAGAAGAUAAGAACAAGCAAUCAGCCCCUGCAGAGCCCAGUGCCCCCGCGGCCCCUGCAGCCCCCGCGGCCCCUGUGGCCCCCGCGGCCCCCGUGGCCCCCGCGGCCCCUGUAGAAGUAGAGGCGGCGGCCCCUGAAGCUGUGUCGGCCCCUGCACCUGAUAAUGGAAACGUCAGUGCCACCGCCGACCUACUCGGACUAGACUUCGCACAGCCCCAAGAGAACAAGUCCGUGGAAGUAGGCAGCGGGGAGCCAGCGCCCGCCCCCGCCGCGACCAACAACGGGAACGUCACUGCCGACCUACUGGGACUGUCCGACCAACGACCUACUGAGGACAAAACCGCAGAGCAGACGACGGCAAUCAAACUCCCAACAAACGAUAACGCACCAAUCAAUAACACGCCACUAGAGGCCAACAACGGCAACGUUCAGGCCAACAUGGGCCUCGUGUCGGGCACGGGCCUGGUGUCGGGCACGGGCCUGGUGUCGGCGUCGUUCCUGCAGUCGGAGCGUCAGGCGGCGGAGGGCGCCAAGUUGGCGGACGUGGGCGCGCUGCGGGACGACGACUUCACCACGCACAACGGACAUGGUACGCACGCCCACCCGCUGACGCUGCAGAAUGCGAUCUAA